AUGGCGUAUCAGCCUAAUAUUCUCCUCUUUGGAGAUCAAACCGAAACGAACCUGAGUAUCCAAGCGCUAUAUAACCAUGCCAACACGUCCGAGCGCCUUCUAGGGUAUAUCGAUGCCGCAUAUGAGGCUGCGAACCAAGCCUUGGAUCAACAAGACGUCAAUCCGGAUGUUCGUGCCGUCUACCACUUUGCAUCAUGGAUAGAACUAGAAAAGACUAUCGCAUCUCAGGAGGUCCCGGAUGUAGUUUUACGCACGACGGCUCUCUGUUUUGCUCAAUUAGGACAUUUCAUCCGACUCUUGGAAACUGAUACUCAUCUUCGCCAAGCAUGGGUGUCUCAGAAAUUAAUCCUCGCUGCCUCCUGUGCAGGACAAGUCCCUGCUGCACUGGCAGCCAGUACUCAGUCACUGGAUCAGUUUGUGCUUGCUGCGCCCGAAUUGGUGUCAAUAGCCGCCAGAAUAGGCCUUGAAAUAAAUCGUCGGGCUAAUUCAUUCAACGAUGAUCGAACCAAGAGCUGGGCAACCGCCGUCGGAACAGACCUAAAAUCAGCUCAAUCUGUGGUAGAUGGAUUCAACCGAAGUAAGGACUUGUCACAAUCUGAAGGACUUUAUGUGGGCGUUACCUCCGCAUGGGCAACAACCAUUAUUGGUUCUCCCCGGCUGCAUCGGGACCUUUUUGACUCAAAGCCGUUCGCCGAGGGCAUCCAGAUAACACCCCUUCCCAUCAACGCACCCUUUCACGCAUUUAACGCGCCGAAGCCUGAUCUCAAAUGGAUUAUUGGUACGGCACCCGUGCUCGACUUGCUCGCUCUCACUAAAACUGUCUUCUUGUCCUCGGAGGACGGGGUUGCUUUUCCGCCACAAACAGGGGCAAAACUAGUCUGUGAGGCCGUGUUAAAUAUGCUCAGCAGAAUGACCGAUAAUAGCAAGGUCUUCUCCAAGGUUUCGGAUUUACUCGGUCAGCAAGAUGGAUGCAUAGUUCCUGUCGUUGCGGAUAAAAGUGCAAGACGUAUGGUGAUGGAUUUGAAGGAAAAGAAAGUUUACCUUUACACGCGGUUACCCAACUAA